AUGGCUUCUACCCCCUCCCAACCAUUGAGAAUGAUCCUUAUCGGACCUCCAGGUGCCGGUAAAGGUACGCAAGCUCCAAACUUGGUCGAAAAAUUCGAUGCUGCUCAUUUAGCUACCGGUGACAUGUUAAGAUCACAAAUCGCCAAAGGUACAGCUUUAGGUGUUGCUGCUAAGGAAAUCAUGGACAAUGGUGGUCUUGUCUCCGACGAUAUCAUGGUCGGUAUGAUCAAGGACGAAUUGACCAACAAUCCAGCUUGUAAGAAUGGCUUCAUUCUUGAUGGUUUCCCAAGAACAAUUCCACAAGCUGAAAAAUUAGACCAAAUGUUAAAGGAACAAGGUACUCCUUUACAAGCCGCCAUUGAAUUGAAAGUUGACGACGACUUAUUAGUCGCUAGAAUCACCGGUAGAUUGAUCCAUCAAGCCUCUGGUAGAUCUUACCACAAACUUUUCAACCCACCAAAGGUUCCAAUGACUGAUGACGUCACUGGUGAACCAUUGGUUCAAAGAUCGGAUGAUAACGAAGAAUCUUUAAAGAAAAGAUUGACCGCUUACCACGACCAAACUGAACCAAUCGUUGACUUCUACAAGAAAACUGGUAUCUGGUCCGGUGUCGAUGCUUCUCAACAACCUGCUACAGUUUGGGAAGAUAUCUUAAAGGCCCUCAACUAA